AUGCACUUGACUCAAUUCCCAUCAAAAGAUCUUGCUCUUGAUCAAAACCAAGUAUCUUCAGAGGCUGAUCAUCUUCCAUUUCUUCGAGUUCACUUCUCAAAUCCUUCAUCAGAUUAUUCUGAUUUCCAUUACUUUUGGCUUCGACACAAUUGUAAUCACGUGCCAAAAUCAAGACAUGCAAAAACAUUGGAGAGAAUUAUUGAUUCCUCACAAGUGGAUCUUGCUAUUGAACCAGCUUCUGUUCAGGUAUUUCUGUUGAAAGAGUUGCCAGAACAUGACAAGACUUUUGUGGAUACUUUCGUUUCGAAUGAUGAAGAAACUAAUCCUAGUGAAGCAGUGUUGAGAAUAGAGUGGCAGGAUGGACAUGUUACAGAGUAUAAGGAGAGUUUCCUUCAAAGGUAUGCCUAUGGAAGAAAUAGAAUAGAGAAGGUUAAGGUGCCAGAUCAUGACUUGAGUUUAAUUGAAGUGCACUAUUCGAAAUAUGCUACUUUACAAGAAUCAAUUCCAGAGAGUUUCGUUUCUGAUGUUUUGGAAAGAUUGAAAAGGGACUGUGCUGUAUUGGUGAGAGGAAUAGAAAUCGAUACUGAACUAAUCAUCGAUGCAUUCUCUCCUCAUCUCUCAGUUAUUCCAACACACUUUGGAAGACUUGAAGAUUUGAGAGUUGACAAUACCACCAACCAAAACAACGAUCAACUUGGUUACACAGAUGCCCCAGUUGACCUGCACACAGAUCAACCAUUCAUUGAGAAUCCACCAGAGCUCCAACUCCUGCACUGUAUCAUUCCAGCCACAGAAGGAGGUGAUAAUUAUGUGGUCAACUCUGUCCAAGCAGCUUGGUAUCUGAAACAGAUUGAUCCUCUUGCCUUCAAGAUUUUGAGUGAAUUUCCAGUGAAAUUUCACAGAAAACAACAAAAAUUCGAAAGUAUCUUGUACAAGCCAAUUAUUGAAUUGAGUCAAGACGGAAAGGAAAUCAAACAAUUGAGAUUCAGCUACUUUACCUAUGCUCCACAUGUUUUUGAUUUUGAUUAUCUUCCCGAGUUUUACAAGGCCUAUAACAAGUUUACCAAUAUUGUGAGAGAUAGAAAGAAUCAAUUCUAUUUUAGAUUGGAGAAGGGAGAUUUUAUAUUUUACAAUAAUCAAAAAAUGUUUCAUGCAAGAACUUCGUUUAAGGGUGAGAGAUGGUUGAAGGGAGUUUAUUUCAAUUAUCAUGAAUAA